UCUUACUAAAUUCAAUUACAAGAAGCACAUUCCCUUCGUGUUCGAUACUUUGCGCAAUAGUGAUUUCAUCGCUAUUGAUUUCGAGUUCACUGGCAUCCACUCUGGUAAGACAAAUGCACCGGAAACUGAGGAUUCCACUAGGAACGAUCUUUAAAUAUUCUUGAGCUGAUUGUGGCCUUUAGAUGAGAAAUUAAUGAAUAAUUAUGAUGACUGCAUGGAUGUGGUUUAUUGGAAACAAAAGACAAGUGCAUCCAAAAUGAUCCCAACUCAACUAGGAGUGUGUGGAUUUAAGUACGAAGGCGGCAAGCUUCUGUGUUAUCCAUAUAAUAUGUACAUUUACCCCCUGGAUCACCCAGCACAUCGGAGUUCUUUCAUCACAAAUGUGGGAUCUUUUAAUUUCCUUGCACAGCAUAAUUUUGAUUUUAACAAGUGGAUCUAUGAAGGAGUAGGCUUCUUCCCAGAGAAAGAGUAUCAGCGUUAUGAAGAAGCUACAAGAAAUGCUAUUCUCAACAGUGAUAAUGAGGAAUUUAAAAACGCAGAGUAUUUUAGCAACGAUGCAAUUAUUUACUGCAACUCUAAAUUUAUCGAAAUCAGAGACUGGUACUUGAAGAGUAUGAAGGAUGGGAACAUUGGGGAAGAAAAUGAGCUCAAGAUCAACCUGACACUUACCCCUUAUAAAUAUUUCCAUGCUCUCAGCAAGAAGUUGCCCAAAAUGUUUCCAAAUAUUGAAGCAGAAGGAAAAAAAUUUGAGACUGAAGUUAUUUCUGAUAAUUUUACAAAAGAACUUUACCUCAAAGUUAAAAUAGUAGAGACUGAGAAGGAUCAAGAUGAAAUAGAUAAAUAUGAUAAAUUGAGGAAUUCUUUGUACAGGAACUUGCAGCAGUAUCUUAAUUUUAAGAAAUUGAGGAAUAUGACAGAUACACAAGUUUAUGAAGAUGUCAUUCAAAUCCUUCCUGAUGACUCACCACAAGAACUCAGACUGCAGCUUAAGAAUUUACUGAUCGAAGACAAAAUCAAACUUGAAACCAUUCUGACUCAAAAUGAAGCUUGAAGACCCAUCGAAUAUUUAUCUGAACAACUCGUAAACUCAUUUCCUCACAGAGAAAAGUCCAUUGUCAGCUUGCUGUCGGAAUUGCACAAACCUAUUAUCACCCACAAUGGUAUGAUCGACUGUUUGCAUUUGUACGACAAGUUUAUUGAUAGACUUCCAUCUGACACCUCAGCAUUCAAACAGAAUUUCUCAGAGGCUUUUCCGAACUUGUACGACACCAAGUACAUUCUGAAGAGCUGUGUAAGCUUGUCAAGCCACUUCGCUCACCAGAGAAUGACAUCUCUGGGUCAAGCCUACCAGAUCGUUAUGAACAGCGAACACUUCAGUCCUAACGACCACAUCGAGAUUGCUGAUGAAAUCAGACAAAAAGUCCCGGACCACGAAGCAAUGUAUGAGUUCAACUCUCUCGCAAGUCACGAAGCAGGCUAUGAUGCAAUGAUGACAGGAGUGUUGUUCCACAAACUUGCCAAGUUUAUUUCAGGCUCAAAUGCACAAUUAGAAGAUGAGUUUAGUUUGCUAAACAUAAUGUACAAAAACAGAAUUCCACUCGCAAGAAGAACUCCGAUCAACCUGAACGCCAAAACAACAGAAGGAGAUGGAAUAGUCAGUGAGCCUGCCCAGUCAGCUCAGGGUGAUAGUAGUUCUGAGAGUUUGAGUGACCAGAGUCCUCAGUCAGAUCAAACUGAUGAAUCAGUGUCUAGAUCUCACCCAGAGGCCCUAACGGCUCACAAUAAACUAUAG